AUGAGUUAAUACGCAUACGAUUAUGAUCCUGCGAAAACUUAAAAAUAUUAAAAAAAUUAAAUUUCUAAUGAAAAAUUCUCAAAAUGGACAAAGGAAAACCUUUAUCGUACAUCUUAUGUUAGUCAUUGGUCAAAUAAACCACUUGAACCUAAAAGUCAUGUACCUCCAGGAUAUGCUGGAUAUAUUCCUUAACUAUUGCCAAAUAAUGAAUAUGGUGCUUCAUACGGCAAAAUAACUUAAAAAUGUUUAGAUGAUCCCAAAUUAUCAUAAAAUCCUUUUAAGUUAGCAUCUACUGGAUUUAAUUAUAGACGCCAUGACUUCAAAGACACUUCAAGAAAAGCUUAUUCUCAUAAAUAUGGAUGUUAAACAAUUAUUACUAAUCAUCCUGCAGUUGAAGUUGAAAGUAAAGAUUGGGUUUCAUAAACAAAAGAUACGUUCAGAAAUCCAAAAAAUAGAGUAAAUCCUACCUACAGAGAAACUGAUAAAUAGCUUUAAACAUAAAAAAAUUUCACAAAGACUUCUGGAUUUUAACAAAAUCAUACAUGCUUUGAUGGAACUGGAUGGGUACCUGAUAAAAUAUUAAAUGGUAAAAUUUUUAUAAUAAUAUAUAAUAAUUAUUAUAUAUAUAUUUUUUUAUUAAAAGCUAAUAGAACACUUUCUGAAUAUAGAAUACAUUAUAAUACUAAAGUUCCUUUUCAUAGAGAAACUAAUUUAUUCAAAACUAGAUAGCUUUAAAGAAAAGAAUAUAAUUACAAACAUAUGGGAUGA